AUGGCACUCUUUUCUCAAAGUAGUCAACAGGGUUUUCAGGCUUUGCUUUGGAAAUGUCGUAUGUUCUGGCCUGUUUCAAGAUGCCAACUGUUUGAUCUCUCUUUCAGCAUCCUCAACAGGGAAAAGGGUAGCUAUUUAAGUUUUAUGACCUCUUCCAGCACCUUAUUACCAGUGGAUCCCAAAGGAACUGAUGUCUUUCCUACCAAGAAGAGGUCUGAGAUUGAUUAUGAAGAGGAAAAAGGAUGGAAUGAGGAGACUAAAGAAAUAUCUGAAGGGAAACUCUACUUCUCUUCUUCUGUUGAAGCUCCAAAGAAACAGUUGAGUCAAGUUCUGUCAAGGCAUAAAUUUACCCAGGUACAGCCUCCAGAAAAACCUUUGCAGGCUGAGGAAUGGAACAAACUGAGGGAAAGCUUUCGAUCACCUGAAAUAUUUGAAGAAGUGAUGUUUAACAGUAUGGUCAGGUGUAACAGCCCCAUUGAUGUGGCUAAGUCCUUGCUGACCCAUGUGGCAAAGUGUAAUGGUGACGUUACAUAUAAUUUGUUGGUCAAAUACCUGGCAUUGUGUGUCAAGCAGGGGCAGACUUCAGAAAUUCGUGAUGUGUAUGAUAUAAUGAAAAUCAGGUUUAAGAUUUUAGAAAGUGGGGCUUACAACCUUCUUAUCAAGGGGCUGAGUAAUUCAGAUCAAUGGAGAAUGGCCUUGACUCUUUUGGAAGAAGUGAAGAAGAUUAUGAUUCCUUCACGGACAAACUAUGAAUCCUGUAUCAAAGCAGCCAGCCGUCACCAAGAAAUGAGCCUUGCAUUUGAACUUUACCAUGAAAUGUUGGCUAAGGAUUUGGUCCCAACCUUGGAUGUCCUGCAGGCCUUUUUUGACUUCUGCAGGGGUAUGAAAGGUGCUGAGUUACAAAAAGAGCUGUUUGGUAUCCUCUUAUAUUUGAGAGACAACCAAAUAUACCCUCACAAAACAUUUAUGCGGAGUAUAAAGCUCUGGUUUGAAAGUAUUCCAGGAGAGAACUGGAGAGGACACCUGACCAACAUUAAAGACAGCGGACUGUGCCCAGUUUGCAAACAUCAGUUGGAGGACAGUGACCUCACUGAAGAGGAGUAUAAUAAUCUCAGAGAAAGGAUAAUAAAGGACGUGAUACAUGGAACUGAUACUUUUAGAAAGACAAGCCCACAGGAAUUUGAAGCCUUUCAAACGUUUGUGGAAAAUCGACUUCCGUUUGAUAUUGUUAUUGAUGGACUCAAUGUUUCUCACAUAAAACCCAGAAAGAUGCAGUGUGAAAAU